AUGUCGCUCAUUGCACGGACGUCGCGAGCGUUAUCCUCUCAUUCACGAGCCUUCAUAGUCGCAAGCUCUAGUGCUUCGACCUCCGUACCGACUCUCAAAACUGCUCUUCAGCAUCGACGAACACUCGCCACACCGACGGGCCCAGCAAAACCUUAUCAUCAUGAAAAACCACCACCGCCACCACCGACAUGGCUUACGGUCCAACUGAGGAAGAACCCACUCGCGAUGAAGCUAUUCCUGAACAUGAUGAGUGUGUUUGGAUAUGGAAGUGUGAAACAGAUUGCGGCCAGGAGGGCGUUGAACAUUUACGAUCAACAUUGUAGUGGUAAGGCGGAGGAAGAGAUGGAGUUUUGGAGAGAUGAAUGUCACCUACCACCAACCUUCCAAUCCUGGUUUACAAUAACGAACCUCCACAUUUGGAUCCUCACCACUCGUUUGCGCGCCCUACCCGCCCCCGAAGCCCAGCACCUCGUUCAAGGCCUAAUCGACCAUUUCUUCCUAGACGUCGAAGACCGAAUUCGAGAAGUCCUCCAGCCUGCCACCCCUCAAACACAACCCGCCAGCAAGCAAGACAGUUUCUACGCCGAAAAGUCUAAUUCGUCGACGGCACCAAAGAAGAAAGGAAAAGCGCCUGAAGCUCUAGUAACGAAACAGAUGAAAAUCUUCAGGGAACAAUGGGCCGGUCUUGGUCUCGCGUUCGAUCUGGCGCUCGUGAAGGGGGACGAAGAGCUCGCAGCGGCAGUAUGGCGUAACCUGCUCGGUGCGCGUGGGGCGCAGGGGAUCGCUUAUCCGUCUUCCUCAUCCCCAUCCUCCGUCGUUGAUGGGCAGCAAACACACUUCAAACGCUCCAUAAACCCAACUGCCGAGAUCGAAGGUUACUCCAAACUCUCGCCCGCAAAGCUUCGCGAGCUCGAAUCGAAAGACGACGGCUCUGGCGUGCACGAUUUCGCACCUCAUCAGGCGGAUCUGUAUUUGAAGUAUCCGGAGACGAUGGCGAGGGUGGUCGAGUAUGUCAGGAGGGAGGUGAGGAGGUUGGGGCAGAUGAGUGAUGAGGAGGUACGUGGUGAGAUGACGAUUGGGAGAGAGUGGGUUGGCGUCGAGGGUUUGGCAUUCGGGAGGAUUCCGAAGGCGGUGAAGGUGAAGGCAUGA